UUCGAUUUAAUUGUUUGCGGAAGGAAUUAUGUCUUCGAAUAAUCAAACAUCUGCCUCGCAAGGCAACCAAAGUGCAGCUGGUCAAGGAUCCACAAGUGCCGAUCAGCAAACACCUACAGGCCAGUCAAAUCCAGACAGUCCAACACGCAGUAAUUUAAGACCCACGACCAACACGACAGACCGUGUUGUCGACAAUGUGCCAUUUCCACCUAGUCAUAAACUGACCAUGUCAGAGGUGUUUCCGGAUGCACGCACAGGUAAACCUAAUCAUGAGUUGUUGAAACAGCAUUUCAUUCUAGAGGGACGCAUCGAAGAGGCACCAGCACUACGAAUUAUACAGGAGGGGGCGGCUUUGCUGCGCCAGGAGAAGACAAUGAUCGAUAUAGAGGCCCCUGUUACAGUGUGUGGUGACAUUCACGGCCAGUUCUACGACCUCAUGAAGUUGUUCGAGGUAGGAGGCUCGCCCGCUACCACAAAAUACCUUUUCUUGGGAGAUUACGUUGACCGAGGUUACUUCAGCAUUGAGUGUGUUCUCUAUUUGUGGUCUCUAAAGAUUACCUAUCCCAAUACGCUUUUCUUAUUGCGCGGCAAUCAUGAAUGCCGUCAUCUAACCGAGUACUUCACGUUUAAGCAGGAAUGCAAAAUAAAAUACUCUGAACGUGUAUAUGACACCUGUAUGGAGGCCUUUGACUGCCUGCCCUUGGCCGCAUUAAUGAAUCAGCAAUUCUUGUGCGUGCACGGCGGCCUGUCGCCUGAAAUACACGAACUGGAUGACAUAAGAAGAUUGGAUCGUUUUAAGGAACCUCCUGCCUUUGGACCCAUGUGUGAUUUGUUGUGGUCCGAUCCGCUGGAAGAUUUCGGCAAUGAAAAGAAUGCCGACUUUUAUACGCACAAUUCGGUACGAGGUUGUUCGUACUUCUAUAGCUAUGCAGCCUGUUGUGACUUUCUGCAGAAUAACAACUUACUUUCAAUAAUUAGGGCGCAUGAGGCGCAAGAUGCUGGUUAUCGCAUGUACAGGAAGAGCCAGACGACUGGAUUCCCCUCACUCAUUACGAUCUUCUCGGCACCAAAUUACUUGGAUGUGUACAAUAACAAAGCGGCUGUUUUAAAAUACGAGAACAAUGUCAUGAAUAUACGCCAAUUCAAUUGCUCGCCCCAUCCCUAUUGGCUUCCCAAUUUUAUGGAUGUAUUCACUUGGUCGCUGCCUUUUGUGGGCGAGAAGGUAACCGAGAUGUUAGUGAAUGUUUUGAACAUUUGCUCCGAUGAUGAACUGAUGACAGAGGAAAGUGAAGAACCCCUAUCGGAUGAUGAGGCCGCCCUGCGGAAAGAAGUCAUACGCAAUAAAAUACGUGCCAUUGGCAAGAUGGCACGUGUCUUUUCGGUAUUGCGUGAAGAAUCUGAGUCGGUGUUGCAAUUGAAGGGUCUUACGCCAACCGGAGCAUUGCCAUUGGGUGCAUUGUCGGGUGGCAAACAGUCGUUGAAAAAUGCCAUGCAGGGUUUCUCGCCCAAUCACAAAAUCACCUCGUUUGCCGAAGCCAAAGGCUUAGAUGCGGUUAAUGAACGUAUGCCUCCGCGACGCGACCAACCACCUACACCCACAAUUGAGGAACAACAACAUCAAACGGGCAAUGCUAGCACAGCAUCAGGUAGUACUAACAAUAAUAAUGUCUCUCAUAGUGGGUAAUCAUUAGGUCAUUAAGCAAUAAUUAGAUACC